AUGAUGGACGGCGUGGUGCACCCACAUCCGGGGGUGUUACACGGUGGUGUACCGGGAGUGGUGCACGGCAUGCCGGUACAUGGAGCAGGGCCCGACGGUGAGCAUGUGCCCCACGGUCCACGUCGUCGCUACCAGAACAGACCUAAACCAUCUAACAACUUGGAGCGCUUGCCUUUGGAUGAGGCUGCCAAAAGGGAAAUGGAGUCCCUACCUACUAAGACUCCAGUGUCAGUGUUACAAGAAUUAUUGGCAAGGCGUGGAACAGUUCCCAAGUAUGAACUAGUGCAAAUAGAGGGAAUGAUACAUGAGCCAACUUUUCGCUAUAGAGUAACAGUGGCUGAUUUAGUAGCAAUGGGCACUGGUCGAUCAAAAAAGGAAGCAAAGCAUUCUGCGGCCAAGGCUUUGCUUGAUAGACUUACUGGAGCUGCUCCUGCUGAUCAGUCAACUAAUGGCAAUGUCCCUGAACAGGGAGCAGUAGUGUCACUGUUUGAAGAUAAGCUUAUGGGCAAUCCUGUAGGCUGGUUGCAGGAAUUGUGCAUGUCUCGAUUCUGGCCUCCACCAUCUUACCACGCAGAAAAUGAUGAUAAUUUAAAUAGACGUUUACCCCAUGAACGUCAAUUCACAAUUAUUUGCACCCUUUUGAAACGUAGAGAAGUUGGUACUGGAAAGUCUAAGAAACUAGCAAAACGACAGGCUGCAUACAAGAUGUGGCAAGCACUGAAGGAUAACCCACCAGAGUCUUUUCAAAAUGAAGAGGAGGGCGGCGUCGCGGCCCGAUAUGCCGAUUUGAAAGAUAGUAAAAUCUCUACACUAACUACAAGUCACAGCCACAAGGUGUCGCAGUUUCACAAACAUCUCAAACAAUCGGUGGGCCCUAACCUGGCCAAGUUGCAGGUUACACCUCUAAAUAACAAGGACUUCAACUUCGUACAGUUUUUACAAGAGAUAGCAUCUGAGCAGUCCUUUGAAGUAACUUAUGUGGACAUAGAGGAGAAAUCUAUGACAGGGCGUUGUCAAUGCCUUGUACAACUGUCCACAUUGCCUGUAGCUGUCUGUUAUGGAUCGGGCCUUACCAGUAAGGAUGCACAGUCAUCGGCUGCCCAAAAUGCUCUGGAGUACCUAAAGAUAAUGACGAAGAAG